CCGCAAACUCCUUUUCCAGCCCUAGAUGACAUAGCCAUAUUGGUCCAUGUGAAUGUGCCUCACGGGAUAAGAAUGAGGUUUCCCUUCGGCAAAGCCCGCUUGCCUUCAGCCACCAGCUCCGCCAGUGGCGCAGCGUUGCCACCCAUACUGUAUAUCGACUCGAGGGUCACGAAUACCGUACACCCCAGACGAGAUGCUGGAAAUCCUGCAGACCACCAUCAAUCGAGACUUUGAUGGAAAAAUGCAAGUGGAGGGUGGAUUCGAUGGCCCCUUGAUGCGAUGGGUUGCUAGACAUGUAUGCCGCAAGAACACCGAAAGUGGAUGUGGUAAUAUCUUGGGCUUGCGUGCCGAAUUGUCCGCUAUUCUAGAGAGAGCUCGACGUCGACUCGCACAGGACAAGAAUGGGACCUGUCAGAUAGACCCGUACUUCCUCAGUCAAGACGAUCUCUCUGGGCCUGAUACGGAAGACCGUCUGGUGAAGAGUACAGCUUGGGAAAAGUUGCAACGGAUGGUCGGGCUAGAAGAUGUGAAGGAGAGGGUGCGUCGUUUGCAUCAUCUUCUGCGAGACAAUUUUGAACGAGAUGACCAAGGCCAAUUAUUGCUUCCAAUCAACCUCAAUGGCGUUUUCCUGGGCCUCCCCGGGACAGGCAAGACGACGGUAGCGAAGCUAUAUGGCCAGAUUCUGGUUGACUUGGGCUUGCUGAGCGAAGGGAAAGAAACACCAGCAGACCUUCUUGGGCAGUAUAUCGGUGAUUCCGAAAAACACACCCGAGAAGCCAUCAAGUCAGCAGAAGGAAAUGUCUUUAUUAUAGACAAUGCUCACAUGCUCUGGAUGGGAUCGAAAGACAAAGUCGACAGUUUCCGAUACGGCAUCAUUGACACCAUUUUCGGUUGCGUUCCAGGAAAUGGAAGAGCCAACCAGUGUGUCCUACUGAUUGGGUAUAAGAAUGAAAUGGAGGAAAUGUUCCGGAAUGUAAAUCCCGGUCUUUCACGACGGUUUCAACUGUCCUCGGCGUUUCACUUCCAGCCAUAUUCAAUCACAGCAUUGGAACGUAUUCUGACCCUCAAGCUGGAAGAAUACCACGUAUCGGCCUCUUACGAUGCGAGAUUGGCUGCAUCAAUGUUGUUUCGGCAUGCCAUCACCUCCCCCCAGUUUGGGAAUGCAGCUUAUGUGGAAGAAGUAAUUCAAUCUGCGCAAGUAUCAUUGGCAGAGCGAUACCUGUCUAAUAGCAGCAUUGAUCGGAAUCAGCUCGAGGCGCAAGACUUUCCCACGGACUGGGAUCGCGCAUUAAACGCAGAAGAAGAAUGCCAGAGGCUUUUUGAGGGCGUUGUUGGGUGUAACCCAAUCAUAUCCCAGUUGCUUGAAGAUACAAAAGUGGCCAGGAAUUGUUUCCUGCGCAAUAUAGACGCACGAGACUACAUUCCCUUUCAUUAUAUAUUCAAGGGACCUCCAGGGACCGGCAAAACAACCACCGCCAGGAAAAUGGGCCGGAUCUUCUACCACAUGGGCAUUCUGUCCAGCACCGAAGUGGUAGAGUGUCCAGUGACCGAUAUGAUCGGGUCGUAUGUUGGACAAACUGGACCGAAAACGCUGGCCCUUUUUGAAAAGGCCGUGGGAAAGGUCCUCUUCAUCGAUGAGGCAUAUCGACUCUAUGAUCAAUCUGCUAGUGGCCGUGAGUUUGCCACAGACGCCAUUGGCGAACUGGUUGGUGCGUUGACGAGCGCCCGAUUCCAGAACAGCCUGGUGAUUAUUCUUGCCGGGCACGGGCCUGGAAUGGAAGCCCUUUUGAGCUCCAAUCCCGGCCUGCGGAGUCGGUUCAAGCGAAUCAUGACAUUUGAAAACAUGGAUGGUGUAGCGUGUACCCAGCUGCUCAUCAACACACUCCGUCAACAUGGUGUCGAUACCGCACCCCUCGAAACCCCAAGUUGCGAAGCAGCACAGCGCUUUACGAUCUAUUGACCUCUCUAUCAAAACUCGAUGGCUGGGGCAAUGCACGCGAUAUCAUUACCAUGGGUGAGAGGAUCUUCCGGGCCAUCAUGACCAACUGUCACGAGACAGAUCCGCUGGUGGCAAAUAUGGAUAUAGUUACCACUACCGUGCGUACGAUGAUUGCAACAAGAGGUGGUCGGCCUCCUGUAUCGCCUCCACCAAACAAUGUUCUCAAACAGACGGGGAAUGACUUAUUGUUCAGGAGUUGGGUGAGAUAAGUGGUGGGGGUCAAGAGAUGCUGAUGAACUGUUUAUAAUAUAUAAAAUAAGUACGCUGUAGCAGUAACGCUUUUGGGAAGGAAACUGUUAAACAAGAAAAUCAAAAUAGAAGACUAUCGUCUGAAUCGUAACUGCUAUAAUCUGUACCUCAUCUAGGUAUUAAUGAAUCAAGUAC